CUUCAAACCGGGGCGUGUACGGAAGCGGCUCAUUAGUGAUCAGGUUAUGUAAGCUGGGCGGUGCAAGAAAUCCACACGGACGGAGCUUGACACGCGAUCAGUCAAUCAUGGCCCUGGCUGGUCUGGAUCUGGAUUUCGAACCAGAACGCACCGAAGAGUCGCCACCAAAGCCGAUCAACAUGCGAAAGCUUCGGAUGCUCGAGAAACGGAAGGCCCGGAAAGAGGCCGCUGAAGAAAGGAAGAGGAAAGUGGUUAGGGAUCAACUGAUAAGAGAGCAGAAAUAUACGCUGGGAACGGAAAAACGUGCGUUCGCGAAUUGGGAGCAGAUGUGUUCGGAUGUACGAUUUCAGGAUAUAUGGGAGGAAAUGCUACAAGUCAAGCAGAAUGUGCAAAUGCUUUUCGACCGAAAGAAUGCAUACAUUGACCGGCUGUUUAAUGAUCGCUUCGAAAUUGAAGAUAUUUAUUCGAAGAAUUUGCAGCGACUGAAACGAUUGAUCAGAUGUUAUUCAGAAAUACAUCAGUACUUCAAUGAAAGUUUGUCGGCUCAAUAUCAAGAAGAAUGCAAACAUCGGUUAACAGAGUUCCGGCGUGAGACUGUUUCGAAAGAGGGUCACGGCAACGAGUGCACUGAACAAAUGGAAGGCGCUUUGAUUUCACUCGAAGAGGCAAUGGCGCAGGGGCUGGUAGAUGAUCGGGUAGAUUUCAUCAAAAAGAAUGAUGACACCAUCAAUGCACACAUCGAGAAACGUGAUAAACUUCGGGACAGGAAAGUUAACCAGCUGGGACAAUUGCAUGGUGAAAUUAAAUCGGUUGUGAACGACUAUUUCGCCACUAUUCUACAUCCGGAGAAAGAAAAGGCCUAUUACGAAAUGUUCGAUAGGGACCAAACUUCCAGGAAAGUUAUUGCCGAUAAUCGAGUAAAAAUCAAAGAACUGAACUCAACUAUAAAACGGUUGAACAAGAAGUUAGUGGAUGUGGAAAUCGCUGGAACGAGGAAGGUUAUCACCAAACGAUUCGCCAAACGCAAUACUGAGCAGGAUCUGGAUACUUUGAAGCGAAAGUUGAUAAAAAUGGACGAAGAUCAAAUGGAACGGAUGAAAGAGCUGUCAUAUGAUGCAUUCCAUGUUUAUAAAUACGUUAACGAGCUGGCGGAAAGAGGGAGGUUAAUUCUAAGCUUGGCACAAAACUGUACAAAAUUUGAGACGGCUGACGACGUGAAGUAUUUCAAGAAACGGAUAGAUCAAGGACCCGGCAGUACUGAUUGUCCAUCUGAGUUUGAGUUUUUCUUCGACAAAAUUAAUCGCGCCAAGGCAAUAAAUGUGCUGAAGUUGGCAGAAAGAGACCAGUUGCUUCAGACCAACCGCGAAUUGCAGCGAAAAUUUCAAGAAUAUUGCAAACUGAACAGCCCCAAAGCAGACAUGUCCGGUUUUAAAUUGAUCGUUAAAGGUAUAGAAUCAAGUGAGGGCCAGAAAUAAUGGUAUGUAUUUAACGAAUCAUGACAGUUAAAUGUUUGGUUGGAAAUGAAACAAAUUUUGAAUUUUA